ACCUAUCCUGCCUUUAACCCUGUAAAAGAGCCCUCUGUAGCAACCGCUCCCUCUCCUGUUCCAUCCUCCAGUUCUUCUCUGUCUCCAGCUGCUCCAUUCGUUUGCAGACCUGCCCUGACUGAUGCCUGUACGCAGCCUGAAGCCUCUCCUCGGCCUGAUGCCUCUACCCAGCAUGAUGAACUGAUCCAGCCUGACGAUCCUAUUAGGCCAGUUGACUCGAUGCCCGCUGUUGAUCCAGAUGAUCCGGUACCUGAUCCGGUGCCCGCUGUCGUGCCAAUUGACUCAGAGCCCGCUGUCGUACCUGGUGACUCGGUGCCCACUGCCUUGCCAGAUGACGCGGUGCCCGCUGGCAAGCCAAAUGACCUGAUGCCUGGUGACCUAGUGUCCGCUGUCAUACCUGAUGACCCGAUGCCCGCUGUCGAGCCAGACAAUCCGGUACCUGAUGACCCGGUGCCCACUGUCGUGCCUGUUGACUCGGAGACCACUGCCUUGCCAGAUGACGCGGUGCCCGCUGUCGAGCCAAAUGACCUGAUGCCUGGUGAC